AUGACCAGCGUUCCAGCUACGGUCACGUACGCCACUACCAUCACAUACCUCAAUGGUGACGUUGAACUGGUGACUCUGACGAAGACAACAACGGGCCCGAUAAAUUACGCUCCAACCACCUCGACUCCUUCUGCGUCUACUUCGUCACAGAGUGUAAUACCUACAGAAUCAACUUCGACAGCCCCCAAUCGAGCAUGGAUAGCCGGUCUGGUCAUUGGCUGUGUCGCCGUCACUGCUCUUGUUACUGGUUUCUGGUUUCUCAGACGCAGAAGACGGAGAGCCAAUCAGGCAGCUUUUGAGAACACGAGCGAAGCACAUGACGAGUAUACCAAGGCCCAACUUCACUCCGACAGUCUGCCUCCCAAGCCUGCCAUAGAACUCGAGGGGUCAUACCCAGAUCCUAUACCGGAGAUGAGCGCGAACGAGAUUGCUGCACAAGAAAUGUUAGUCCCGCACAGCCACCACGUUGCAGAGAUGCCAGAGAAACUUAGUCUUCGUUCCAUACGCAUCGCAGCUACCCGUGCCGUCCUCAAAGGUCCGGCAAACAUCAAUGCAAUCGGCAAACAGCCAUUGAUCUGCCAUAAGGACGCGCACUUUCAGACAGAGUACGAAGAUUGUAUUAAUUGCUUACAUGUCACCGUGGAGGAUUCAGCAACGUACAUAUCUAAACGCGUCGAGCCGAAAUUCAAAGAGUAUCUAGACUACUGCAACGGUAAACCUCCGGACUGGACGUACGCACCUUCGCGAUUGACUGUCGUCACCCGCGCGCACUGGGGACCUCUUACAGACUUUUAUGGUGAGCUAGUGGCGGGAGGUCUCGAGACGAUCACGGCGACAGAGCUCAAACCGACGGACAGCAGUGAGACAGGCGGCGGAUGGCCGUCGUCGUCCUCGACAGAAACUGGGAAGACACCCGGGGCAGGAGACUCAGGUAACUCGGCAUGGAUAGCAGGGCCGGUCAUUGGCGUGAUCACGGCCAUUAUGCUUCUCCUCGGCGCGCUCUGGUUUCUCAGACGACGAAGACAUCGAGCGGUUGAUAAAGAGGAGUCCAUGGCGACCGGUAUUGCCAUUGGUACUCGUGGUGGUGGCUAUGGCCAAGGGGAAUAUGAAAAGCCGCAACUGCAUUCGGAUUGUAUCCCGCGUCGAAUGGAGCUCGAAGGAUCGUACCCGAAUUCACCCAUGAGCCCCAUGUCUGAGAUGACUGCAAACGAAGUCGCGGCUCAGGAGCUUUCAGUGCCGGGUAGUCGGCAUGUUGAAGGGGUCACGGAGAAGAGUAGCUCUGCCAGGCCGGAGAGCCCGGUUCUUGGAUGA